AUGGUCAUCGUGAAGAAGCCCGAGCCUUUCAAGAAGGCUCUCCACUUCACUAUUGAGGAGUUUCAGGAGAGACGCAGCCGGGCCCUCGCCCUCAUGAAGCGGGAGAACCUCGAUGGCUUCCUCAUGACUAAACAAGAGUCCCUCUACUACUUCACCGGCUUCGACACAUUUGGCUACGUCUUCUUUCAAGCUAUGUACUUUCACAGCGAUGGACGUAUGCGUCUGAUUACUCGUUCGCCAGACCUGCGCCAGGCCCUCUACACCUCCAUCCUUGAAAAGAAGGACAUCAUGAUCCGGUCUGAUGAGGCCACUGCCAACCCCGUCUCUCUUGUUCCCGAGGUGUUAAAGGAGUUUGGUAUCAAUUCACCCUCUAAGAGGAUCGGCUACGAGCCAGACUCGUGCACCCUGAAUCUGCGUGUCGGGAAGCUGCUCCUGGAAGCUGUCGAGGGCCUUUGCACUCUUGUCGACCAUAGCACCUUGUUCGGCCGGGAACUACGCCUCAUCAAGUCUGAGACGGAGAUCCGCAAAAUCCGUAAGGCCGCAUACCUUGUCGACUUUGCCCUCAUCCGUGCACUCAAAAUCGCUAAGCCGGGCGCUUACGAGGGCGACCUGUGGCGCGAGAUAGUUGGCACCGUCUACGAGGGCGGCGGCGAUGAUCCGGCCAAUGAGAACAUCCUCGUGUCUGGCAAUAAGGCCGUCCUGACUCGCUAUUCUACUGGCAAGUCUAAGAUCGACCGACAGAUUACCCUAGAGCACGGCGCGGCGUAUAAGCACUACCACGCAUGUCUAAUGCGGACGAUCCCGCUAGGCGGCGUCAGUAAGCUGGCAAGGCGUAUGCACGAGGUCAAUAUCCUGCAGAUGAAGGCUGCCAUGGAGGCUCUCAAGCCAGGCAGGGAGAUUGGCGACGUAUUUGAGGCGUAUGCCCGCGUUGCUGAUGAGAACGGUUUCCGCGAGCAGAGACUCAGCGCCUGCGGCUACAGUAUGGGCGCUACUUUUGCCCCGACCUGGAUGGACUUCCCCAUGUUUGUGCGUGGCCAGGAUGUUGUCGCCCAGAAGGGCAUGGUCUUCUUUAUCCACAUUAUUCUCAUGGACAUGGCCACCGAUACGGCCAGCUCCAUCGGACAGACUGUCGAGGUCACCGCAGACGGCUGUGUGCCACUCUCCAAGCUGCCUUUCUGCCUCACUCGCAAGCAGACUCUUGCUGCCUGGAAAAAAAUUUGCAAGGAGGAUUAUGGCUUCUCUGCCGAGGAAGAAGAUGAUGGCGAGAACCUGCAGGACAUUGAGCUUUCUGACGGCGAGACCGACGCCGAGGAUUACGACAUUGAUUACGACUUUAGUGACUACCAGGGGGCGACCUAG